AUGCCCGACUCGACAUACCCAGACACUCAGGGACACGCGUACGAGUUGGGUGACGACCGUUGGCACAUACAUUGCUUCAAAUGUUCCAAGUGUGAUAAUUCUUUGGGCUGCAACUCCAACUUCCUUAUAUUGGGUGACGGCAACUUGAUCUGCCUGUCUUGCUCCUACAACUGCAAACAAUGUGGGAAGAAAAUCGAUGAUUUGGCCAUAUUAACCGGAGAUCAGGCCUACUGUUCUUCGUGCUUCAAAUGUCGAGUCUGCAAGCUGAAGAUCGAAGACUUGCGUUAUGCCCGGACGUCCAAGGGCCUCUUUUGCAUGUCGUGUCACGAAAAGUUGAUUGCCAAAAAGCGAAAGUACGACAUGAAGCGGAAGCAAAUGGCCCACUUGGAGCUGCUGCUGAAACCAAAUCCGGGGCUGCCAGGCAGUGCCGAUAGUCCGCUGCUCUCAACUAGUCAUGGGAACUUUCUGGACAUUUACCUCAACUACCAUAAUUCCUCGCUGGCGUCGGUAUUCAAGGACAAAGCACUUCCCAACCCCAAUGUACCCAAGUCGACACCGCAAAGACAAACAGACCAAGCUAGCAAGGAUGGAAUCGAGGAAGUGAAUGACUCGGAUGAUGAGCUCAAUAUUCGGAGAGCGGCCAGAAACCCUGACCUGGGGAAGACACACUCCCAAGACAACAUCCUCGAGCUCAUUGAAUCAUUCAGUGGACCAAACACACCAUUGACGGAGGACACCGAAUUAAACAAAGCGCCCCCAGAAACCAAGCAGCCCAUCAUUUCUACUCCGGACGAAUUGAACGAACUACGCGCCCUGCCUCAGAACGAUACCCUGAACUACGCAACGCCUCGGACAGAGACACUUCCUUCGUCACAGCCCAGUCUUGGGUCUGCUCCUCGUCUCGAGCCAGCGCUGAAGUCUCCACAGAAGGAGUUAUUAUUGUUGUCGCCGUCUCAGUACAAUGAUAAAAAGUUCCAUAAUACCACCGGCCCUCCUCCGGAGAAUUUAGGAGUGAACACCGAGGAAAUCACAAGGCGCUCUGCUGCAUCAUCUCCGAUGGCCAGGGUGAACAGACAAGCAAGGGUGGUGGAGACAAACGACGACAUCGUCGCAUCCGACAUUGGCCUGCUGUAUAAUGCAUUUGAAAGCUCCAUUAACACUACUCCGAAAAAGUCGAACACAAACGUGCUGAAUAAGGUAAUGGCGUCUCCGCCGCCUCGUUCCGCUUUACCAAAUGUUCCUGCUACUCCUAAACGCCAAGGUCCUCCCACAGACCCUUUUGAGCCUCGUGGCUUGGGACUUGAGAAUGUUGAGCUUCUGAAGCCAAAUAGAGUGGUACAGCCUGCUACUCCAGCUGUUACGAACUUGGAGGAAUCAAUCGAUGAAAAAGAGAACACAGACAGCACUCCACAAUCAUUUGGCCGGCGGAAUACGUUCAAGGGCCCUAAGAACUUUUUGAAACACAAGCGUUCCACUUCUAGUGGGCUGGGUAGUGGGAAGUUUGGUGGCCUCUUCAAAAGCAAGGACGAUCAGUCUCCCGGGCACGCACGUCAUGUAUCCGAGGGCUCUAUAAACCAUCACCUGGCCUUCACAACAUCGCCGUUACCAUUGAGCUCACCAAUGAAGUACGGUGUAUUUGGAAAUGGUCACAACCGCUCGAGCUCCGACACUCACUAUAUGGCAGCCGGAGAUCUGCAGGGGGAGCGCCAAAGACUUGACACAGAGAUGCGUCAGUUGAGAAUGGAGAUCAAUCUGUUAGAAGGUCGGAAGUCUACCGUGUUGUCCGAGAUCGUCAAACUUGGAUCAGAGAAAAAUAAACUCAACGAUUCUAUCGCAGCCUUGAAGCAUAAGGUGACGGAGGAGACAGAACAUCAUGAACUGAUCUUACAAAACAUCCACGAUCUCGUGGCCGAAAAGAGAAGGUUGGUGGAGGAGAAUCAGCAGUUGAAGGAUGCAAACUCUCGCUUGAAGCGUGAGAGCAAACGCCAUGUGGAAUCUCCGGAGGUUAACACAACCCCAAUGCAUUCUACUGAUCACAAUAAUGGUUCUUCUUCAUCGUUACCAUACGAGGCACAUACCGAAGAUCCAGUUGAGACCCAAAAGGCGACAAGACUACGCUUUUGGAGGAAGCCAAAGGUGCAUGUGGCUGCCACAAAUUCCUCUGCAGCUCAAAGCCUGCCUCAAACUCAACAAGGUACUCCAAUGCAGAAGAGCUCCUCAUCAAAUUCUCCUGCGCAACAUUCCAAUGGAAGUGAAACAAACCUGCAUUAUAAGUUGAGUCAAUCUUACUCUUCCAAUGCUAUACAACACCCAAGCCAGUUCCUCAACCCCGAUAACAACGCCCAGCUGCAGCAAAAUCAACAACAGCCUCAGCAGCAAGAGUCGGGUCCUCGAAAGGCGUUCAACUCUUUCAUGAGCAGAUCACGUUCUACGAACAUUCUUGACUCCUUCGUCGGGCAACCUCAGAACAAAUCAGACGACAAUGGAGACGCUCCAUUGCUCUCAAGCACGAUCGAGAAGCGGGCGAAGUACGAGGAUGAGGCUGUACCUUUGAUAAUUACUAAGUGUCUCGAGGAAGUUGAGAAGAGAGGAUUGGAUAUGGAGGGCAUCUAUCGAAUCUCAGGAGGAAACUCUGCCAUCACGGCCAUUUUGAAUGCAUUCCUGUCACUUCCUGCGAACCCAAAGGGCGACAAAAAGCACAUGAAUAAGUUGGCAGAGGUUAUGGAAGGUGACAUUCAUGCUGUUACAAGCGCAUUGAAGCGAUACUUGAGAAAGCUUCCCGAACCUUUAAUACCGUUUGCAUGUUAUGACGAUUUCGUGAAGAUUUGCAAAAAUGAUAAUGAUACACAGACAAGAUGCGACGAACUCGUGGACAAGGUCGUGAACAAGUUACCAGCAGCCAACAGGCACACUUUAUACUUACUCUCCAAGCACUUGGAUUUGGUUGGCUAUUACAACAAUGUGAACCGAAUGACCAUGAAGAACCUUUCAGUGGUGCUUGCCCCUACAAUAGCAUGGGAUCCCACAGGAGAAAGAGAGAUGACGGAUAUGGGUCCUCGAAACGAUACAACCGAGUUGCUUUUGCUGAAUUUCUCGAAGGUAUUUGCCAACUACGAGGUUUGA